AUGUGCAGAUAUAUUUCUUGUCCAUUCGGUCAGUAUUGCUGGAACGGAAAUUGCUUAUCAAGUGGUACCACCUCAAUGAUGGGUUCUCGAGCCCUAGGUUACGGUGGCGCAGGAAUGAUGGGCGGUAUGCCAGGAGGUCUCGGUGCUCUAACUUCCGCAGCCGCUUUGUACGGUGGCGCCGGGGGAUUCGGCGCUCCCGGAUUCGGUGGCGCUGGACUUGGAGCUGCUAGCAGGGGUAUCGCAGUGGGUGCCAAUGUCCCAACAGGUGUCACACCAUAUGGUGCAAAUGCUAAUCCCUUUGCUGCUGGUCCUUUACCAUCUAGUGUUGGUGGUAUGCAACCGUGCUCCCUCGUACAACAAUGCUUCAACGGUCAGAUUUGUGUAAAUGGAUACUGUAGUAGGAGUAACGUCGCGUUUCAAGGAAGUCAAGUAAUGCCAACGGAGACUACCUGCAUGACGGGUGCCACGUGUCCAGUUGGUCAAUACUGUAUCGGAGGGGUUUGUGUGCAGAAUCCCAUGUCUACUACGUUUGCCUGCCACAACGGAAUCUCAUGUCCAAUGGGAAUGAUCUGCCAGCUGGGAAGGUGUCUACCAAACGGGAUGCCCAUGAGUAUGAUGAUGAUGAAUCAGUUUUAUGGAUAG